GUAAUGAGAGUUUAUGCUCUUUCUCAACAAAUACAAGUCUAUCCAUGUGUAUGUGUGAUUUUUGUGACUGUGUUGUUAAUUGAUUGCCAAAAGGUGUAAAUCUUUAUUGUACAUAUUUAAUGGUAUUUUUUGGAACAGCCACCACAGUGGUUGUAUUAGGACACAGGACGAACUGAGCUGAACUGAGCUGCACACAAGAGGCACAACAACAAUAAGAACAAAAACAAAAACAAUUCGCACACUGUGGCCAGCGGGAGACGAGCAGCAGUAUCCGAAUGCAGUAUCUCAACUACGCACUGCAGACAUCCACGCGACUGCUGACCAGCCAGAGCCACAGUCAGAGUCAGAAUCAGAGCCAGAGCCAGAGUAGCCAGCACCAAGCAGCAGCUACAUUGGCAGCCACGCCCUUUGAGGAGCAAAUUGCGCACGCCUGCUGCAGUCGAGGUGCCCAAUUGCUGCGACUGCGCCAACAGGAGCUGGCCAAGCGACGUGCUCUCGAGCUUGAGGAUCAGCUGAACGCCAACGUUGGCAGCGCUGAUAGCGACGCGUGCAGCGAGGAGCUUGCGGAAGGCGCUGUGGGUGGGCAGCAGGAGCAGCGGGAGCAGGAAGAGUACUCCAGCCAGUCGGCGCCGCAUCCAGUCCAAUGAAAUUUACUCUCAUUUAAUGUGCAACUGGCGCGCAGCAAGCUGCUAUCGUUUUUCAAUCGCGACAUGGCCGCCACCGAUGGCCAAAUCAUAUUGGCCGCCUCCCGUUUUGGGGAUGCGACGCCCGUUUAUUUGCGCGACUUCUCCAAGCAGCCGCUGCCGGCGGUGGCCAAAAUCCUUAAAGGACAACAUCAGGCACUGGGCGUGCCCACACUCUCAGCACCCUCGUUGCAGAGCACGGCGCUAUUUCUGAGCGCUGGCAAAAAGUAUCAGAUACUGGCUCAGCCCAUCAAGAUCAAAGAGGGACGCAAGCCCACAAAUGUGGGCGCCAAGGUGCUCAUACCGGAGACCUACGGCGGCUACUUUGAGCUGCUCAGCGAAGAUGGACGCUCCACGCGCUGCAUUGACUCUGUCUUGGAAUUGUCGAGACGACGCAAUUGUCGCGUCCUUGUGCGCGAAACGUUUCGCUGCCAGCAGCUUAAUCGCACCAUUCAUGCCGGCGAACUGUUGACUACGAUGAACGAUAAUGGCAAGUACCUACAGUGCCGCAACAUCAAGGACGAGAUCAUCAAUCUGCCACUCGAUACCAAAGCCAAAUUCUCUCCGAUUGCGCGAGAGGACAGCAUCAGCGGAGUGCACACCGUCAAGAAUCUGCUGCUGAAGCGAAUGCCCGUCAUUGUGAGACUCGUCCAUGGCAGCGCGCCAAAGGGUUUGAAGCAACCAUUUGUGCCGGAGUUGCGUCUGUUGGGCUGCGUGGAGAUCGAUCGGAUGUUUGCGCUGCCGCUGCAGAAGGACACGGAUCUUGUGCCUGUGCCGUUGAAUGCGAAGAUCAAGCUGCAGCGUGCCAAGAAUAUGGAGCAGCUUGAGCAUUUCAUUGAGUACACACGCUUCCUGGACAAGGCGCAGCGAUUGCUGGCGGAUGCACGCGAUCGCCUGCAGAUCGUUGAUCUCAAGCUAAGCGAGAAGGAGAAGAAGGACUCGAAGUUCAGCAGUCGCAAUAAGCUACCCGUUGUCAUGCUACCCUCCGCCGCUGGCGUUGCGAGCGGACUAGCCGAGAGCGGUUAUGUGCUGCGCAAGAGCGCCAGCUGCGAUUCUUGGUCCAAGCAGCAGCAGCAGGCGCUCAAUAGCACCGAAAUCGCAGAGGAAUAUAACGAGAUCGAUCACAUCUACGAUUAUGUGCGCGGAUUGACGCCGCUCUCCAAGGGAUUGGCCCGGUUCGAGCCCAUCUGUGAGUCACCCACGCUCAAAUCGCAUCACACGGACAGCAGUGGCAAUGGCAACUAUUGCAGCCUCAUACGCGCACCUGCAGCAGCAGCGCCACAACAGCAACAACAUCAGCCCAGCAGCACCAACAACAACAACAACAAUAACUAUAGCAGCCUGGAGUCGAAUAAGCACAGCAGCAGCAAUGGUGGCCAUCAUCAUCUAUAUCAGCAGCAGCAACCGCAGCAGCAGCAGUCGCAUCAUCAUCACAAUCACCCUUCGGCGCUGCUGGUAAACCACUAUCAUCACAGCCAUAUACAGGAAGACAUUAAGCCGGUGCCACCUCCCAUUGAGACAAUACCGGGCAAGAAGCCGGCUGAGAAGCGACAGCGGCCCACAUUACCAAAGCUUUACAUCAAGAAUGCGAAUGCACAUAGCGCCGGCAGCAGCAGCAAUGGCAACUCCACUGGCGGCACCAGUCACAGUCACAGCCAUAGUCACAGUCACAGUCACAGCCAUUCACAGCAGCAACAGCAGCAGCAACAGUUGCCGCUAACUCCCGGUAGCAGCAAUAACAAUAACAACAACAUAAGCAGCAAUACGGCAGCAAUUGUCGCCAGCGCCGCUACAGCAGCAGCUGCCUCUGUUCACCACUCCCACGUCCACACACACCACGCACACGCACACGGAAAUGCACAUGCACACACACACCAACACCAUGGCAAGGUGCUGACGCCGAACAAUCAUUUGCCUGUGAAGGAAUCACUGGAGCCGCAGUCGCCGCUGUUUCAUAUCAGAUACAAGAGUCUCAGCAGCCUGCAGCUGACGCCGGACAGCAAUACAGCGGCAAUGACGCCACCGACGAUCUCAGCCCAAAGCAAGGCAGCGACAACAGCUGCAUCUGCAUCCGUUGGCUCUCAGACGCCGCCCGAUGUGCUGCAGAAGUGCAGCAGCAGCAUACUGAAUUCGCACGGAUAUCUGGCGCAUAGUCAGAGUCACAGUCACAGCCGCAGCUCGAGCAGCAACAAUCAUCAUAAUCCGCGAGAGGGCACGCUGGACUCGUCGCGCAGCGGGGGACGUACUUCAGGCGAUUCGCAGAAGCUGCCGGAGAAGAAGACGCGACGCCUGUCGCGGCCGCGCAGCCUCUCGAAUCUGGUGUGGGAUCUGCGGCCAUCAAAGGAGAAGUCGAAGAAGAAGCUCUAUAUACACCACUUUGAUCAGCGUCAGCAGGCGACGCUCUAUCUAUAG